AUGGUCGCACCCGCCGUAGUCCCUAUGGUACCCGAUCAGAUACCGGCGGACACCCCUGCAAAAGGACCCAAAAUCGGCCUCCCAGACAAGUACGAUGGCACCAGAGGGGCCAAGGCGGAAGUUUAUGUCACUCAGAUUGGGCUUUAUGUCCUCUCGAACCCCAGGAUGUUCCCUGACGACAGGAGCAAAGUCAUCUUCUUGAUCUCAUACUUAACCGGACAAGCAAGCGAGUGGGCCCAGCCCUACACGGCGAAACUAUUCGCAGGACAGCCGCUAAAGCAGACGAAAUCGGUGGCGCAUUACACCUUCCAAUUCAACCAACACACCGCUAACACGGGCUGGGAAGUUUCGACACUCAUGAGCCAGUACCACCAGGGCCUCAAGAAGGACAUCUGUUUAGCCCUGGUCCUUGCAAGGGUGCACUUCACGGCGCUCACGGACCUCUGUAACCUGGCAUUGAAGAUUGACAAUGAGAUCAACGGCACCGACCCAUGUGCUCCGGAUUCCGCCUCAACGGUCGACCCUAACGCGAUGGAUCUGUCGGCGAUGCGCGGGACGCUCUCGAAUACGGAGAAGGCCGACAUGAUGAAGGCCGGACUUUGCUUCUACUGCGGCGAAAAGGGCCACAUAGCCAGGGGUUGCCCGAAGAAAGGGAAGGGGAAGGGCAAGGCGGCGGCGAGGAUCGCGGAAUUGGAGGAGGAGGUGCGCCGACUGAACACAAACAUCGGGACGAGUGGAGGCGCGGGAAGGGCGGAGGAGUCAAAAAAUGGCGCUGCUCGGGAGUGA